GUGCGGCAUCUGGUCAAAUAGACAUCACUUAACUUACAACAUAAGCUAGCUUUGUGCGCCACACCGCUAUUACGACCUCGAUUAAAUAUAACAUGGUGUAAAGGUCUCAUACGGGCACCGACUCUGCCGUAGUGUCCCCUCGGAGAGGUCACACGGUCGGGCGUUGCUACGCUGCGGUGUUAGCAUUGUUGUUGCCGGGGAGGCGGAGUGCAGCCUGUUGGGACGGACGGUGGCAGACAGAGGACGCAGCCGUCACAUGCUGGAUGAACGCUGCCUUGAAGGUGAACUGCGUGAUGAGGAAUUGAACAGAGGAGCAUAUGUCGUCAAACGGGAGUAGUUUUUGAUUAAUAUCAACGAAACAGUUGUUGGUGUUAUUACAGUAGAAGCGUUUUAAGUUGUGGACCGUUGGGACUGGAGCACGUUCGGCCGUUUGAACAACGUUACCGGGGAGACGGUAGUUAAGCAAAGAGAGAGCGACGAGGGUGACGAGGGUCCGCUCUAAAUAAGUGCGGUCAAUCACUUUUAAAGAGUUAAAGCGUCCGCAGGAGGAUUUAAAAAAAAACAAAAAACCAAGAGGGCAAUUUAUUAUCCCGGAGACGAGGAGGACAUCACAAGAACGCGAGGAUCAAAGCAGCAUGGUCACCACAAAGGGAGCAGGUCUGAACCCCAACGCUAAAGUGUGGCAGGAGAUACCUGCCCACCAAAACGAUCUCCCAGAGGGGACGGAGGACUCUCCCUGGCUGCUGACCUACCCUCCCCCCGCUGAGAUGACCGACGGUAACUUAAACUUAGACAAUCCCUCUACAGGGGGAAAGGGAUACGACACUGAAUAUCCUGACGGCACAGCUGACUAUGCCCCUGUACUGACAGAGGGCAUUGUGAAUGGCAUUGACAACCCUGACCUGAGCUAUUUAGUCUUUGAACCACAAUGCGAGUCCGCCACAGAUGGUGAUGUUCCUGAGGAGAAACCGAUCUCUGAAGAGAGCCUCAGAGAGUCUUUGAAGAAACAGCUUGAGUUCUGCUUUUCUAGGGAGAACCUUUCUAAGGACAUGUACCUGAUAUCCCAGAUGGACAGUGAUCAGUUUGUUCCCAUCUGGACCAUUGCUUGCAUGGAGGACAUCAAAGCCCUUACCACUGACAUGGACCUCAUUCUGGAUGUACUGCGAGCUUCUCCCAUGGUGCAAGUUGAUGAAACUGGAGAGAAGGUUCGGCCAAACCACAGUCGCUGCAUCAUUAUUCUGAGAGAGGUGCCAGAGACGACACCAGUUGAGGAAGUGGAGGCUCUUUUUAAGAGUGAAAAUUGUCCGAAGGUGUUAAGUGCUGAGUUUGCACACAACAGCAACUGGUACAUAACGUUCCAGUCAGAUAUGGAUGCACAACAGGCUUACAGAUACCUAAGAGAGGAAGUGAAAAUGUUCCAGGGAAAACCAAUCAUGGCCCGCAUUAAGGCCAUUAACACGUGCUUUGGUAAGAAUGGCUUCUGCAGCGUGGACUCAAGCGUGUACAGUCAGCAUGCCCAACCACAGGCUCAGUAUGGCUCCCCCGUCUACAUGCAGCAGGUGUACAGCCCUCAGCAGCAGUACCCUGUAUACCCUGUGGUGUCUCCCUCUUGGAAUCCUUCAGCCAUGCCUUACUUUGAAACCCCACUGGCACCUUUUCCGAAUGGUGGAUUCAUGAAUAGUUACAGCAGUCCUGGGAACUACAAAGGAAAUCGACACAUGAGCAGGAACCGAAACCAUGUUAAGGGUCACCCUUGCCCAGGAGACGUUCCCCCACCUUCUUCUUUGGCUCCGGUGCCCCUGAUGGAUGGCCUGUCUGCUCCCUUGAGUCCACAGCCCCUCCAGACACCAGGGACUCCGACUGGCACCACUCCGGUCUCUCUGCCCUUCUUCAGCCUUAAAGACACUUCAAACAGCGGAUAUCUGAGCGGGGCUGGACGUGGCAGGAGAGGUAUCCACAGAGGCAUGAGGAGGAAAAGAGAAGAUGAACAUAACACGAGGUCUGUCCCUGUGAUGGAGGCCAAGGUACCACCUCCACCAAAGUUUGACUUGGCAGCUUCCAAUUUUCCUCCUUUGCCGGGAUCUGUUGUCAGUGUACAGGGUGAAAAUAUGCCAGAGAUGCGCCUUUCUGAUAUUGUACGUGGCCUAAAAGUGACUAACAAGUCUGUGAGCCAAGAGGUCAAUGAGACCCACCAAGAAAACAUCUCAGAAGAUACUGUAAGCAAACCGGCUCCUGUGACCCCGGUUUCGAAACCGGCUCCUGUGACCCCGGUUUCGAAAACUGCUCCUGUGACCCCUGCUCCUGUGACACCGCACACAGUUGCACUACCAGUCUUAAGUACUUCUCCUUCAGUGAUGGAAGAGGUUAAAGCUGAACCUCCGAUUCCAAAGGGAACAAUCUCCUCGCCCACACAAGCUGCCUCCCCAACAGCCUCUGAACAGGCCGCCUCCUCCUGCAGCGAGUCUGUUCCUACAGAAGCACCUUCCCCAUCUCCCCCAACUCCCACAUCAGACCUGGGGUCGAGAAAACUCAGCUAUGCAGAAGUGUGCCAGAGGCUGGCCAAGGACCCACCCCCAGGACAGACGCCCACACCCUCCCCCCCUGCCUCCGCACCCAGCCAACCCCUGCAAGAGCUUAAGGUCAACAGGGUUGAGGAACCUCGGACAAACUCCAAGCGCACUACAGACAAGCCAGAGAAAUCUGGACCGAGCCGCCCUCCUCGUCAGCCAUUACGUUCCUUUAGAGGGACGAAUGGCCAAGUUAAAUUUGGAAGCGCAGGGCUGAAGAUUCGGGAGCAUCAGAGAGGCCUGAAUACUGGAAAACAGUUUUCCCCACAGCGGGGUGCCAGACGCAGUGGCAAAGAACAGAACAUUCCCCCAAAGUCAUCAAAAUAACUUGAGAAAAAGAAACUUAUAAUACAUGAACUAAAACAGAAAUGAUAACAAUAUGUGUAAAUAUGUAAAUAGACAGAUGAAUAUAUUUCAUUUGACAGACUUUGUCACAUAACUUCUUAACUUUGAUGCCGAAAUUAACCUAAACUGCUGAAAUUACUUGGAAACACUGUAAGGAGAUUUCCCUUUUCAGAUAGUUCAUAUAGUCUGCUGACAGAAUUGCAGACUUUAGGGGUGAUAAAACAUAUUUAAAGUGAUAUAACCAUGGCAUUAUCAAAACAUGCUUCCAUAAACGGGCUAAAUCUGUAGCGCGUGUGUGUAUAUAUGUGUUUGAGAUUGUGAGAGGCAGAAAGAGGGAUCUUGUUACUUUUAGAUAUAAGGUAGCCCAACACUUACCAUGUGUUGUUAACCAAAAUGACACUGUGGCACACUUGAUUUCUGUCAGAGUUGUUAUUGUUGCCAUGUGAUUCUUGAGCUUUUUUUUUUUUUUUUUUAAAUCAAAUUUGUUUUACUUUGAAAUCAAGGAUAUAUAAUUAUUUAUGAAAUGAACGAUAUUGAAUCAGUGGCAGUGGUGUGUGUGUGAUUAACAGAAGGUUUGAACUUUGAUGUGUAGCAGUGUCAGAAGAAAAUUUAAUUAUUGUGGAUUCUACAAAUGAUGCUAGUGAAUACUAAGUUACACAUUAAGAACAUUGCAUUAUAUAAUGAUUAUAAUCUUUCAGUGUGUUGGUAGUAGUCUUUGUAAUGCAGAUAUUAGAUAAAUACUGACAUACUAACAUUUUUAAAAAGCCCUGUAGUGUUACAGGAGUAGAUGUGUUCCAGUUUCCAGUUUCAGUCCUGGCUUUUGGUCUCACAGAACGUACACAUUUUUUAAACUGGGACUAGUUUAAAAGAUCACCCACUAAUCAUGUAAGGUGUGGAGAGUUCUGUAUUUUCAAUUUCUGGAAACUUUUUAGAGUUGGAUCAUAGAUCUUAGAAGAUGCAGCUGUCCAUUGGUGACUAGCAUCUGCAUGUGAAUUGCUAAAUAUACUGGAUCAUCUGAGGGACCUCAGAAAUUUGUCGCCUCUUCUUUUUGAAAGUAGCUAUUUGAUGGUUGAUGCCAUGCCUACUGUCUCUGCUUGAUUUGAUGACAUUGAUUGCCUGCAUCAUCUUCUUUUGAUUGGUUACAUAAGGACAGAUGUAGUCCUUUUGCCGUAAGACCACUUUUGGGCUUGAUUUUGUAAAUGUCCAGUAGCUUUCUUUAUGUAUAUAAAGAUUUAUUUUUGAUCUGGGUUGUUAACACACUUGUGUUCCUGCUAUAUUUCAUUUUAUAUUAAUUUGUAAUGUUUUUCUUUUCACGAUAUUCACUGAUUCUGUAGUAUUUGUGUUUAGAUCAGAGAAAAUAUGAUUAUAUGACAGCCAGUUAACGGCGAGCAGAACACGCUUGUAUCUGUUGUGGGAUGAAUUAAAUGCACUAUCAAGGAUUUGAGUCAUUACAGAAUUAAGUAAUGGGUGUUGGAACAGAAAUGACUAACAUGCUUUAAUGCGUUUUGUUUUUUGUGUUCUCAUGUCAUCUGAAUAGUCUGUGGUGUUGCAAAUGGAAAUGAACAACAGAUGGGUGAAGACAAAGAAUUGCAGAGUUUCAGGAUUAGGAGGAUAAAACAUUUCACCAUGGAUAAGUGUUGAGUCCUGACGGCAUUGUACAAAAUGUUGUGUUUUGUAACCAGUAGUGCAGUUGUCUCCUGUGUAUACAUGUCUGUGUUUGAUAGUGUAAACUUGUGUGCGAGAGAGAAAGAGAUUGCUUCAGACUUCAUGGAACUAUUAUCUCAAACCAAACCCUCCAGUGCCUUAACAGUGUCUCAUUUCAGUAUAAAGAGUGCAACUAUUUUGAGCACAUCAGUUUGUCACACUGGACAAGGCUGGUUCGUUGGUUGUCAAAACCCAACAUUAUCAGUUUGACUCCCAGAGACACUAGAUCCUGUUGAAUGUAAAUCUCAGUUUAUUAUAGGUGCAGCUGUAAGGCUGGGGCUGGUAGGAAUGGAGCUUGAUGUGUAUAUGUGUGUGUGUGCAUGCUUGUUUGUCCAUUAUGCGUGAUGCAGUUUUAUUUUGUUAGCUUGUUAAUCUAAUUUCUGUCUAAAAAUCUGAAUCCUGUUUAUAACUUUAACAAUGAAACAUGGGAUUGCAAUUUUCAGCCAAGUACACACUGGUUUAUUAAGUCAAUAUUUUAUUGCUGUAUGAAAAUAAAGAUUUAUUUUUAAACAGU